CAGCUGUUUUCGCGGCGAACGGCCGCACUGGUUCCAAAAUCAUAACAAACCGUUAAUUUUUUUUUGGGAAAGAAAUUCCUUUUUUUAAACUUAAGUGAUUCCUGAUACAAAUUCCGGCAAUGCAGGCUGCCGGCUCUAAUGCCAUCCUGUCCCUGAGGCAGUUCGUCCUGCUCGCCAGGCGCCAGUUGUCAGCUUCGGCACAAUCCGCGUUCUCCGGCUCCCAAACAAAUGCCCAACAUAUUCCCCCAUCACCUGAGAAAUUUGGCGACAAAAUGCGGGGAUGGCAGCUGCACAAUUACGGCGACAUCGACGAGCUGCAGCUCUCCGAGAAGGUGAAGAUUCCCCAGAUUCGCAGCUCCAACGAAUGCCUGGUCCGAAUUCGAACGACGGCUGUGAAUCCCAUCGACCUGGCCAUGCUCCGUGGUUAUGGAGCCGCUGUGCUGAACAAGAUGCGCUGCAAGCCCGGCGAUGGCAUCGAAUUCCCCCUCAUCCUGGGCCGCGAGUUCUGCGGCGAACUGGUGCAGACGGGCAUGGGGGUUCCCUCGGAUUCGCUGCCCCUGGGAGCCCGCGUCUGGGGAGUGGUUCCCUUGCAGGCUAGCCUGGGAGCCCAUGCUGAAUACGUAGCCGUGCCUUCAUACUGUCUCGCUCCGGCUCCCAAAGAACUGGAUGACAGUGAGGCGGCCAGCGUGUUGUAUGCCGGUCUGACGGCAUGGUCGGGCCUGUAUAUCACUGGCGGUUUGGGUGGUCCAUGCGGGGCCACCACAUCUUCCGGUGGUGGUGCCCACAAACGUGUCUUGGUUCUGGGCGGCUCCGGAGGAGUUGGCUCCCUGGCCAUACAAAUCCUGAAGUCACAAAAAGUGCAAGUUCUUGCAACCUGUAGCGAAAACGCCGUCGAAAUGGUUCGGAAUCUAGGAGCCGACUUCGUAGUGGACUACAACAACAGCGAGUCCAUGCAGGAGCUGUCCAAAUACGCACCCUACGACAUCGUACUGGAUUGUUCCGGCCAAGGAGGUCAGAAGGCGGCUGAGUCGAACUUCGACUUCCGGCAGUACAUCACCUUCUCAUCUCCGCUGCUGGCAAACAUCGAUAAGCAGGGAUUGGGUCUGGGAGCGCUGCAGAAUGUGUUUGACCUGGUCCAGACCAAUGUGAAGUCAUUCUCGCAACGCGGAGGACUUGUAAAGUGGGGUUUCUUUAGUCCCGCACCGCAGGGCAUUCAGUUUCUACAAAAACUGGUGGAGCAGCGAAAGCUGAUGCCGCUGAUUGAUAGCAGCUACGAAUUCUAUGAUCUGCCUAAAGCCUUUGAAAAGAUGAAAGGCGGACACUUGCGGGGCAAGAUUGUGGUGAAGGUCUGAGGGAAAACAGGCGAAUGACCGACUGAUAACGUUGUUUCUGUUCCAUUAAAGACAUGUUCUGGUUAAUUAAA